AUGUCCGAUCCAAGCGUCAGCGAGCGAAGAAUACGGCCGAUUCAAGAUGCCGUUGCGAGUGCGAACUGGAAGCAGGCACUGCAACUUUGUGACAAAUGGUUCAAGAAAGGUGAACGGUCUGACAGGUUUCUGGCCCUGAAAGCCUUCGUCCUGGUGAACCAGCCAGACAAGACCCAAUACGACCGAAGCCGGGAGGAGGUUCUGGACCUCUGCAAGCGUACACCCCCCCUCACAGAACCAGAAGCCAUCUACCAACUUCAAAAUGCUCUCAAAACCCUGUCGCUACACGAAGAGAGUCCGAAGCUCUGGGAAAGGGCCCUCAGCGUUAAAAAGGAUGACAAGGACUUGUACAUGAGAUGGCUCAACCAAGCAGUUGCAGACAACAACUGGAAGAGUGCUCAAAAGGUGUGA